AGCAGACCAAUACAAUAAGUGAUGCUUUGAGAAAAGAAGAAGAAUCUCUAGUCCAGGAAACGAAAGCGGUGACCGACGAGAAGUUAAAUUUAUCGAGACUUCAUCGUCUCGAGGAAAGCAUGAAGCUUAAGCUGAAGACCUCGGAGGAAGAAUUGAAAGACCUCGGCAAAGCUGUUGCAUCUGCGAAAGACAAUGUGCAUGACACGGAGAUUCAGAUCAAAGCAGAAGAGAUGUACAACCAUCAGCUGCUCGACGUCACUGUGCAGUUUGAACGACGUCGUAUUGCCAAUCUAGAAGCAGCUCAGGCGCGGGAAUCAGAAGAGAUCUGUCAAAAAAUCCGGGAAGAAAAUCACAAUCACGUGCUAUCUGUUCAAUUUUUGCAAGAUUUCUUGAAGACUUUGGAGCAACAAACUCUGGAAUGGAAAGCGAAAUACAACCGCAACACGGAAAUGAUGAAGAAAGAAAUAGCCUUGAUGACAAACAAAAGGGUCGGAUAUGAAGAAAAUUAUCAAGAGCUUGUUGCGCUGCUGGAAGAAAGAACAGCCGUUGUAUCAGCAUACGAAGCAGAGAAGGAACGAGCCGAGCAGGAAAAACUGAUUCUGAUCAAACGCGAGAAAGCCGCUGUGAAGAUUCAAGCUUGGUGGCGUGGGGUUAUGGUGCGGAAAAAACUUGGUCCGUACAAACCGAAGAAAGCCAAGUCUAGAAAGAAGCAAGCAGCUGCUGCUUCCGCAUCUGUGAAUGAUGCCUUGCCGGAAGGUAAGGUUGAUGAAAAGACCGCUGCUCCAAAACCUGUCCAGUCGAAACCGGUUCCCAAGAAGACAAAACCGCACAAAUGA